CUCUCACACACACUGCUCACACACACUGCUCUCACACACACUCCUCUCCUCUAUGCUCCUCUCACACACUCCUCACACACUGCAGUCUGUCUGCUGCUGCUGCCGGUCUCACUGGGAUUACUCAUUCUCAGAAGUGUUUCAGCAGGAAGAGGUAGAAGAUGUCUGAGGGCCGGGUGGCGAUAGACAUGGGGACCAAUGGAGCCUCCAAACACCAGCCUGCAGGUUUGGGCCAGCAGCGGCGCGGCGCCACCGUUAGCUUCCACAACAUCGACUACAAAGUGACCAUCGGAGGAAACUGCCUGUGUCGGAAGAAAGGGACGAUCAAAGAAAUCCUCAUCGACUUAAAUGGCCUCAUGAAGCCGGGACUGAACGCCAUCAUGGGAGCAACAGGAAGUGGGAAAUCAUCGUUUCUGGACGUGUUGGCGGCGAGGAAGGACCCGGCCGGGCUCUCCGGAGAAGUUCUGAUCGACGGAGCUCACCAGCCUCCAAACUUCAAGUGUCUGUCGGGAUACGUGGUGCAGGACGACGUGGUGAUGGGCACUCUCACCGUCAGAGAGAACUUCACCUUCUCGGCGGCGCUCCGGCUGCCGGCCUCCGUCUCUCAGGAGGAGAAGGACCAGAAAGUGGAGAAACUGAUCCAGGAGCUGGGGCUCGGACGGGUGGCCGACUCCAGGGUGGGCACUCAGCUGAUCAGGGGUAUUUCGGGGGGAGAGAGGAAGAGGACGAACAUCGGCAUGGAGCUGAUCAUCGACCCCCCCGUCCUCUUCCUGGACGAACCCACUACAGGGCUGGAUGCUAGCACCGCUAACUCUGUACUGCUGCUGCUGAAGAGGAUGGCUAACAGCGGGCGCACCAUCAUCCUCUCCAUCCACCAGCCCAGAUACUCAAUCUACCGUCUGUUCGACAGCCUCACGCUGCUGGUGCACGGGAAACAGGUGUACCACGGCUCGGCUCAGACCGCUCUGGACUACUUCUCUGAAAUCGGGUACACCUGUGAGCCCCACAACAACCCGGCUGACUUCUUCCUGGACAUCAUCAACGGAGACUCCAGCGCAGCGGCUCUGGCCCUGAACAGCAAAGAAGACUCUGACGUGUCGUCCUCGUCGAUGCAGGGGAUUGAAGAUAAACUGGUGCAGGAAUACAGGAAGUGCAGUCAAUACAGAGAGACCAGAGCAGAGCUGGAGAGGAUAACGGAGGGUAAGAAGUCUUCCUCCUCCUCCUCUUCCUCUCGCUCCAGAACCAUCACCUAUAAGACCGGUUUCUUCACUCAGUUCAGAUGGGUUCUAAAGAGAACCUUCCAGAACCUCCUGCUGAACCCGCAGACCUCCUUCGCUCAGAUAGCAGUCACUCUGUUCCUCGCUCUGAUCGUCGGAUUCAUUUUCUUUGGAGUGAAGAACGAUGCGAGUGGACUUCAGAACAGGAUGGGCGCCCUCUUCUUCGUGACAAUAAAUCAGUGUUUCAGCUCGCUGUCGUCUGCAGAGCUCUUCAUCGCCGAGAGGAAGCUCUUCAUUCACGAGUACAUCAGCGGGUAUUACCGUGUGUCGGUGUACUUCCUGUGUAAGAUGCUGUCGGACAUCAUCGCUCUGAGGACGAUCCCUGCCAUCGUGUUCAGCUGCGUCUCCUACUUCAUGAUCGGUCUGAAGCCCACGGCGGCAGCGUUCUUCACCUUCAUGUUCUCCGUCACCAUGGUGGCCUACACAGCCACCGCCAUGGCGCUCGCUAUCUCCGCCGACCAGACGGUGGUCGCCAUCGCCAACAUCUUCAUGACCAUCGCCUGCGUGUUCAUGAUGAUCUUCGCCGGUCUUCUCGUCAAUCUCCCCUCCAUCGCCAGCUGGCUCGCCUGGCUCAAAUACUUAAGCAUCCCACGAUACGGCCUCGCUGCUCUGCAGAUUAACGAGUUCACGGGUCUGAAGUUCUGCGGCAGCAUCAACACAACAAACAUCCCGGGGCUCACGUGUACAGGGGAGGAGUUUCUGGACAAUCAGGGUGUUGAUUGGUCCACUUGGGGUCUCUGGCAGAACCACGUGGCUCUGGGCGUCAUGACCUUCUGCUUCCUGACCAUCGCGUACCUCAAACUGCGCUUCAUCCGGAAGUUCACCUAGACCUCCAUCUUCAUCAUCUUCAUCAUCCCUGUGAUACCUGUCUGUACAGCUCUCUGUUAAAAUUGCAGUUUAAAUAUCUGUUUCUUACGUGGCGAGUAUAUAUAUAUAUUUUGUUUCACUCCUUACUAACGGCGCAGUCUUCAGUGUAUUUGAAUGAUAAACUGAUUUAUUGAUUUCUUUCUUUUUGCACUUUAAAGUUCAAGAGCCAAAGAAGUAAUUUAACACAAAUGCAAGAGUGUUAUAUUUAUACAUUUGUACAAAAUAAAAUACUGAAUUUGAA